CAUCGCAUCCACUAUGAAGCUAGGAGCAGUAGCACCCACCCAAGUGACCCAACCGCCCCUUGGCCCCUGCCUGCCUUACACUAGCAGAGUAUUAAAACCCAAAGCUAAAUACUUCCUCUCGAUUUUCUCACUUUCUAUCGAAUUUUUCAGUCUCUGCUUCUGUUACCAGUGGUUGAGCGAGUUUUGAUUUCAUUUUCAUUUUCCGUUGCCGGAGAAAUCGAAAUCUCUAUUCGUAACGAUCGGCUCUCAACUGUUUCCUCAAGCAGCGCCUCAUCUUUUGGCGCUUGUCUGCAAGGAGAUCCAUGGAGUUUCAUGCGGAGCAGCACACUGUUUCAGGAAAUGUUCCUGAUUUUGGUGCAAUCUUCAUGUCCAACUGUUCUACAAAGAAAGAAUGUUUUAGAAACAAAGUAUUUGGGCUUCCAUCUCAUCAAUCUAACUUUGUGAAGAAAGUGAGAGAUGGAAUGUUCUUGUUUCUUUUUGAAUACGAGAAAAGGGAAUUAUAUGGAGUAUUUCAGGCAUCUUCUAAUGGUGCGAUGAAUAUUGCGCCAGAUGCAUUCCAGUCAAUAGGCAAACAAUUCCCUGCACAGAUUUGUUUCAGAACAAUCUGGUUGUGCGAUCCGCUUAAAGAAUAUGAUUUCCGUGAUGCUAUUAAGGAGAACUACUUCAGUACAUAUAAAUUCAACUUUGGUCUUUCUGAAGAUCAGGUUGACAGGCUUCUAUGGCUGUUUGAAUCAAGAAUUGUGAAAGACUUGCGAACUCCAAUUCUAGUUACAAGAACUAAAGUCAGUAAACAUUUUAAGAUAUCCAAUUGGGAUUCCAGAUUUUUGAAAACCUAUAGAGAAGAAAAUAAUCUUAACAUGGGCAGUGGCAUUGAGCCAUAUGAUGUGACUAGGAACCGUGGUUUGCCUAUGCCUAGAGAAGAAAAUAAUCUUAUGCUAGACAGUAGCAUUGAGCCAUUUGACCCAAGUGGGAACCAUGGUUUUCGUAGGCUUAACCUAGAUUCAUCAGGCUAUUCCGACAAAUUCCCAUUAGACAAAAAUGACUCUUUACUCAAAGGUUAUCGUAGGCUGUCAACUGGAAAUCGAUUGGAGGAACCAUUAGUAUCAAAUAUGUUUGCUUCAAAAUCUCAUGGAGAUGCAAUUAUGCCAAGCAGCCAACCUGUCGGUACUCCUGGUGUUGAUUUUCGUCAUUCUGAAUCUCCUAGUGUUCAGUAUAGGCGAUCAUUGUCUUUUGGGCAAGGUUCUUCUUUGAAUUUAGGCGACAGAAUCCACCCUUCAUCUGAAGGUCAAUUAGCUUAUUCCCAUGCUGAGCGCAAAAACUUCAAAUUGUCUCAGAGUAGAUGCCAUAAUCUGGACGGCUCCACCAAGCUUGGGGAUUUCAUUCCGUUGUCAAUUUCCCCAGACCAUUAUGAGCUUUCCAGCUCUGGCACUCCUUCCUCUGGGGCUGGGUAUUUGCAGAACAAGACAAUAGGCGUGACAAAUCUUGAACAUUAUGAAGGCUUAUCCUACCCAGACAACCCUCUGCCUUUCAUGAGGAAUGGAGAUCAUGGAAGAACAACAACGAAGUCUUCACACUUUGCUUUCAUUCCAGAUAAGAGUUCCCCCUAUGUAUCCGACUAUGGUCUUCCUGCUGCGUCACAACCAGAUUAUGUCUAUGAAGCAUCUCGAUAUCGGCGUUAUGAAGGUUCUAUGGCCUCUGCACCUUUUUCAGAUCAAUCCCAUCAGCCAAAGGAUGGAUAUGAUUUAGAAUCUCAAAACUAUGACUAUUAUGAAAAAAGUGACCAAAGUUUUGGCAACAAGGGCCGAAUUUCCAUGGGUCUGCAUUCUGAUAAUCAGGAGAAGAGAUCCAGCGUGUUUUCACGGUUGUGUGCAGCCAAACCAGGUACUGGACAAUUAAGUGGCAAUUAUGGGUACAUUGUGGAUAUGACAUCAGAGGAACUUAAAGUAUUACGCCAUGGUUACAACAGCCCAAGGAAAACCAUAUGGAAACCUAAACCAUUUAUUGCAAGACAAGGUGAUGAUGAAAACUUUGAGAAUACAACACAGACUGAGAUGAUUGUUGAUGCUGCCUUUCCCAAUGAAGGGGAUGGGUGGAGCAGUGAGGAAGUGGCUCAAGAUACCCCAGUCAUUAACUUUAAGCGCCGGAGUGAAGUGCGAAACUUACCGAGCAAAACCAAAGCAAGCAGUUGUAUUGAGGGUGAAAAACACAAGAGGAGAAAACUGGUGAGGCCAACCUUCAGCCCCAUUUUGCAACUUUCAUCCCAAGAAACACUUCAUUGUAAUGGAAAUAAAGGUAGUGAAAGCGAAGAAAAAUCAAAAAGUUCUGAUUUAUCAGGUAGAAUUGGUGGUGGUAAAGUCAGCCAGAAGGAUUCAUCUGAGACUGAUAGCAUCCAAAAUGCAGGUUGUCCAGUUAGUUUUGAGGGCAACAGUGGUUAUGAAGACUGCUCAAGGAUCAAGGAUUCCAAGGUAGAAAUGUUAUGCAGGGAGAUUUUUGGUAAUAGUUGCAGCUGCCCCAAAUGUGAUGGAUCAUCUCAAGGAAUGUGUGAAGACAAUGGAAAGGCUGGAAGAGGGGAGCUGUUAAUCAAGAGUGACGGUGACAAAAUAAUUGAAAAAGGACUGCCUCUGACUGUUGGAAUGCAAAAUGCCGUCUGUGGAGUUAGUUCUGAGUUUGACAAUGAUGCAGCAGAAAGAAGCAGUGGUUCCAAGCGGAAACAAGUAUAUAAAAAAGAGCUUGUUGAUGUUUGUCCAGAUGGUGAGGUUGAAUAAAACAAACCAGAGUUUUCCACUAACCCCCCCUAUAGUCAGAUCGAUACAUCUACAGGAAUGCACUGAGUUUUCUGUGCAUUUUGUUUAUAUGCUGGUUUGGAAGGCUUGAGUUGACAUGUAACAGCAAUGAGAUAGCAAUACAGUAUAAGAUCAAUAUAUCUUUUAAUAUGCUCCUGGUUUGUCACACUGAUUCAGACUCUUUAGUUCUUGUUGCGGUUCAAGUGUGAGAACCAGAGGAGAAGUUGCCUACCUAUAUCAGAUGGUUUAGCACCUAGGGCUGUAACUUUUGAUGAGGGCCUGGGUAUUUUGCAUGUACUGCGUGUUAAAUGGAAGAAUUUAGUAAUACAAGUACUCGCAUGUAAUAUUACAGGAGAGUGCCUGCAUAUAUCAAGACAAUGCAGCAUAGUGAUAAUAACAAGCUCGUUAGUUGCACUCUCCUUGCACAUAUGGUUUGAGAUGAGUUUGUUUUAACUUCAUGUAUUGAAUCCACGGUUAACCAUUUUAUGCAUGAGGUAGUUACUGCCACUCUGUUAAUAUAGCUGAUGUCAUUUUACUUCUUGCUAUUUUAACGGAAUUAUAAAGCAGUCUUUGGUUCCUGUCUGUCUGUCUGUGUGUGGGUGGGUGGGUGUAUGCGUGAGCGUGCAAGCUAGGUUUUCUUCAUUUUCUCAAGAAGCAAAACAAAAGAUGAAGCAAGUUGCUGAGGUUCCAAGGUGGCAGCCUUUGGUGGUCCUUGACAGGUCAUAUGGCAGCACUUGAAGCAAGUUCCGGCCAUCUGCAAUGGCUUCGGGUAUAGUCGUGAAGCUGGAGGUUACAACAUUUUCAGAGGCUGGUGAUCAAGCAUCAUUCAGCAUCUUGGAUGAGCUACCGGCACUAGCCAAGUUGCCAAUAAUUGAUCUAUGAUUAGUUGGAUCCAGUUUGCAUCAUACGUUAUUUCACCAUGUCCUUAAGGGUGACUACGUUCAUUACUGAUUCUAUCAUCAUAGUAAUGGGAAUCCUACUCAAGAUCCAUGGCUGUAGUGGUAAUGUUUGUCAGCCAUCAGGUUGGAGUAAUGCUGCUAUAUCCAUCAAACUGGGUGAAGCUCGAUAUCCACCUACUUUGUGAAUGGUAAUCACUUUGCAACCAAGGUUAUUGGUGUCGGUAUCUGUGGCCAUAUGACUCACUUUUUGGAUAAUACUUCCAAUAUGUGUCAGUAUUGCUGUACCUGAUACCGAUUGUAUUGCAGAUACCUUGAUCCAUGGUUGCUACU